AAAGAAGUUGAGACUCUGUUUUUAGUUUAAUUUUUAAUUUGUUUAUUGAGAAAAAAUAUUUUAUACGCACAAUGGGAACACAGAAACCAGGAGAAUGGGCUAAUUCGCUAAUAGCUCGGUUUGAAGAACAGCUUCCAUACAAGACUGGAGCACAAAACCUCCAUUCGCGCAUCAACGAAGAGCAAUGCAAAGCAUGCCUCGUCCAGAUCAGCCGACACAGAUUCUCUUUGGUCAUCUCUGGGCUCACCAAAAUACUACAGAGGAUAAAUGAAUUGUACCAACCCACAAUUACCUCUUCGUCCGGAGUGAAUCGGCCUACGGAACAGGAGAAGGGCUACCACGACAGUCUAGUGAUAGUUUUGGACACCUUAGAGAUAUGUCUCAGUUCGCAACCGAAAGACACCACCAAAUAUGACGAGGCUAUGAACGUGAAGAUACUGUUGAGGGAAGUCUGCCAGUUUAUUGAUAUGCGUAAUGAGAGUACCGUUAACAAUGCCGUGCUAAGACAGUUAUCCAGUAAGGUCCUAUUCGCACUUAGUCUCAACUUUUUCAAUGCUGUAUUCAACAGAAUCAGUGGGAGAUUGCAGGAACUCGCAUCUAGCUCAGAAGAAAACCCCGACUAUACAGAUAUAGAGUUAAUACAACACAUCAAUGUUGAUAUCUUGAGGCUUAUACGUUUGUUAACAGAAUCUAUACAGAAGUUUAAAUUGUUAAGGAAAUCAGCACACAUAGUUUUAGUUAUGUCUUUAGAGAAAGCUAUAUGGAACUGGAUGGACACUUAUCCCCAGGAAUUCGCGGAAGUCCAAUGCCGCCCUAACGAGGAGCUCAGCAAGUGUUGCGACACAUUGUUCGAUAUACUGCAGGACAGCUUCUCCGACAACAAGAAGUCCAGGGUAGCGAUGUGGCCGCUGCAGAUCAUGCUGUUGGUGCUUAAUCCGAAAGUUCUAGAAGAAAUCGUGAACGCCGACAGUGGGGCACCGUGCAGUCCGCGGCACACAAAGAAGAAACUGUUCAUAGAUUCUGUGAAAAGGGGACUUAGUCCCCAGAACAAUUCUAAGCAGAUGACGGAAGCAGCGGUAGUAACCUGCGUGAAGUUAUGUAAAGCGUCCACUUACCUGAACAUAGCCGAUUCUGGCAACGUGACGUUCGUGCUUGUCAAGUCUGUCAUCAACGAUUUGAAGAGUCUACUCUUCAAUCCAGCUAAAUCGCACGUCCGUGGCAACGUAAUCUCCGGCUAUUCCGAACUGGAGUUGAUGACAGAUUGCUUCGUAUCGUUGUUUCGCAUAAUGCCGCAUAACAACGACGCAUUGAAGGUGUGCCUUCAUCUUCAUGCGCAUAUAUCCUACCACUGCGCUAUAGUGCAUUCGCUUCUAAGGAUUAUAAAGCAGCCCCGGUUGCCUUGGUGGCCACAAAUCGAGCUGUUGUACCCGAGAGCAGCUGAACUAAGGGCCAUGUUCACAGAUACCUUGAACAAGGCUACACAGGGUUACAUAGUGCACACUCCGCUGCGCAUGAUUUCUCUCUCGCUCAAAUCCAAGGAAGUCCAGUCCAAGUUCAAUAAGUCAGAAGAGAUGCCGGCCUACAGGAACCUACUGUUGAGUAUGGUGAAGUUGAUCCACGCCGACCCGAUGCUUAUGUUGAGUAACCCGGGGCGGUCCGGCGUAGAGAUCCAGUCGUCGAGCACGGAGCUGAUGAACGGCCUGGUGUCGCUGGUGCACCAGCCCGCCAUGGGGGAGAUAUCUCAGCAGGCGAUGGACGCCUUACUGGCGCUGCACAGCCCCGACAGAGUGCCCAUGUGGAAUCCGGAAGCGCCAUUGAACACAUUCUGGGAUAUUAGCUCUCAAGUCCUCUACAACAUUAGUCAGAAGUUGAUACAACGUCAGAUAGGCAACUAUCGAGAAGUUUUACGUUGGUUACGUGACAUAUUGACUUGUAGGAACGAGUUUUUGGCCAAACACAAGGACUAUGCCAACGUUGGCUCACAAAUACCCAUAUGUAGACAGGCGCAUAUCAAACUGGAGGUGGUCUUCUUCAUGUGUCUAUGGUCGAUCGACACUGACGCCGUGUUGGUGGGGAUGUCUUGCUUCGCCCUCCUCUGUCAGGAAGCGGAUAUCCGCUGCGGAGCCGACGAGAUCACCGCCCAUUGUCUAUUGCCAAACUACGCAGUGUUCCAGGAGAUAGCGCAUACUUCCACUGUGCUUACAACAGGUUCAGCGGCUUUACAAAAGAGGAUAAUGGCCCUGUUGCGGAAAAUCGAGCACUGCGUCAACGGCGUUCAACCAGUAUGGGAAGAGACUUUCAGGAAUUGGGAUUCCCUAUGCAAAAUCCUCCAGAAAUACCCCAAAGGGCAAGGUGAUAAAGUCGAUGAUUGCCAAAUGGAGGCCAUACAUCGAGCCGUGGCGAAGAGGAGGGUCUCUCAUCACACGAGCAGUGAACAUGAUUUUGAUAUGCAAAUUCAAGAAUGGGCCAACAUAACCUCCUUUCUAUGCGCUCUGGGCGGAGUUUGCUUACAGAGGAGACCGUCUACUGUGUGGACCCAUUUACAUGGACACGACUCUAGAAAGUACAACGUUCUAGCUAACAGCACGCAAGAGGUCCAAUACUGUCCAGUCACGCAGUUCAUAGGCCAACUUCUUCGUCUACUGCUAUGCAGUAACGAACGCUUCGGCCAUCAGAUACAAAGCCACGUCAAAGAACUGGUCGGCCACGAGAUGUCGCCAGCUCUGUACCCGAUACUGUUUGACCAGAUCAAGGCGAUCAUAGACAAGUUCUUUGAUCAACAACAACAGGUAAUGCUAACGGAAAUAAACACCCAGUUUGUAGAGCAUACCAUAUUUAUAAUGAAGAGCAUAUUGGACAACAAGAAGAGCGGACAGCCCACGGAACAUCUGAGCACUACGUCUAUAGAAGGGCUGAUGCUAGCUAUAGUCAGAUACGUACGUCAUCUGGACAUGACCGUCCUCUCGGUUCACAUAAAGACGAAGCUGUGCCAAGUGGUGGAAGCGAUGAUGCGAAGGAGGGACGACCUUGCGUUCAGACAGGAGAUGAAAUUCCGCAACAAGAUGGUGGAAUACGUGACCGAUUGGGUAUUGGGCACUAGUCAUCAGAUCGCUCCACCACUAAGAGCCGACGCCACCUCCAUUACUAAAUACUUGGUAUGCUGUCGGGAACUAGACCAGGCUUGCAUGGAAGCCGUGGCCGCGUUACUGAAGGGACUGCCCCUCCAGCCCGAGGAGUCUGAUAGGGGCGACCUGAUGGAGGCCAAGAGUCAGCUGUUCCUCAAGUAUUUCACCUUAUUCAUGAACCUAUUGAACGAUUGCAACGAAGUGGAGUUAGCAGAGGGACCAGGAAGGCUGGAAACAUUGAGAAAUGCAACUAUACAAGCCAUGUCUAAUUUACUCAGCGCCAACAUUGAUUCUGGACUCAUGCACAGUAUAGAUCUGGGCUACCACAGAGACUUACAAACUCGGGCCGCGUUCAUGGAAGUGUUGACGAAGAUACUUCAACAGGGCACCGAAUUUGAUACCCUCGCGGAAACCGUGCUGGCCGAUAGGUUCGAGCAACUCGUGCAAUUGGUCACCAUGAUAUCGGAUAAGGGCGAGUUACCUAUAGCUAUGGCUCUAGCUAACGUAGUCAGCACUUCCCAAAUGGACGAAUUGGCGAGAGUUUUCGUAACUCUAUUCGACGCUAAACAUCUUCUAGCUCCACUGCUAUGGAACAUAUUCUACAGAGAAGUUGAGGUCUCAGACUGCAUGCAAACUCUAUUCCGUGGCAACUCUCUGGGUAGCAAGAUAAUGGCCUUUUGCUUCAAAAUCUACGGCCACGGUUACUUACAGUCGCUUCUUGAACCGCUGAUUACAGCAUUAUUGGACCAAUUCGAGGGACAAACUGAACUCAGCUUCGAAGUAGAUCCCGCUAGAUUGGACCCCAACCAAGACAUUGAGCUGAAUCGCUCCAACUUAACCGACCUCACAAAAGAAGUGUUCGACAGAAUCGUGAAUUCGGCCGACAAGUUUCCUCCCCAGCUAAGGUCCAUGUGCCACUGUUUGUACCAGGUAUUAAGCAAGAGAUUUGCCCAGUUCCCUCAAACGAGCGUGGGUGCCGUCGGAACUGUACUGUUCCUCAGAUUCAUCAAUCCGGCCAUUGUAUCUCCUCAAGAAAUGGGCAUAGUAAGUCGGCCAGUGCCGGCACAAUUGAAACGCGGACUCAUGCUGAUGUCCAAGAUAUUGCAGAACAUAGCCAAUCACGUGGAGUUCUCCAAGGAACAACACAUGCUGCCGUUCAACGACUUCUUAAGGGCACACUUUGAACAAGGACGCAAAUUCUUCAUCCAAAUUGCCUCUGAUUGCGAGAGCGUAGACCAGACGUCGCACAAUCUCUCCUUCAUUAGCGACGCAAACGUUGUAGCCCUCCAUAGGCUACUGUGGAACCAUCAGGAGAAGAUAGGGGAUUAUCUAUCUUGUAGCAGAGACCAUAAGGCUGUGGGCAGGAGGCCGUUUGAUAAGAUGGCAACUUUGCUCGCAUAUUUGGGACCGCCAGAACACAAACCCGUGGAGUCGACAUCCGGCCUCCUAUUCUCCUCUUACGCCCGCUGGUCUUCUAUAGACAUGUCCUCCACCAACUUCGAAGAGUUCAUAGUAAAACACAAUAUGCAUGAAAAAGAAGAAUUCAAAAGUAUAAAGAGCUUGAACAUCUUCUAUCAGGCUGGAACUAGCAAGAUUGGGAAUCCUGUCUUCUAUUUUAUAUCUAGAAGAUACAAGAUAGGCGAAGUGAACGCGGACCUUCUAAUCUACCACGUAAUAUUGACCUUGAAGCCGUUCUGCCAGCAACCCUUCGAGCUGAUCGUGGACUUCACGCACACCAACUCGGAUAACAGGUUCAGGACGGAUUUCCUUCAGAAAUGGUUCACAGUAUUGCCCGAAGUGGCUUACAUCAACAUACACGCUUGCUACAUAUACAACUGCAAUAGCUGGGUGCGAGAAUACACCAAAUUUCAUGAGGCAAUACUGGCGCCGUUGCGGGGGAAUCGCAAACUGGUAUUCAUAGACAACCACAGUCGUCUCAGCGAGUAUGUGGACAGCGAACAGCAAAAGUUACCCGGUGCAACUUUAGCUCUAGAAGAAGACCUUAAAGUCUUCAACAAUGCCCUGAAACUAUCGCACAAGGACACCAAAGUUGCUAUCAAGGUUGGGCCCACAGCCUUACAAAUAACAUCUGUUGAGAAGACUAAAGUUCUGGGCCUGCCCGUGCUAUUGAACGAUGUUUAUUACGCUUCCGAAAUUGACGAGGUGUGUUUAGUGGACGACAAUCAGUUCUCUCUGUCCAUCAUCAACGAAGCUACACCGCUCAGUUUCAUACACAAUGACUGCGAUAAUAUAGUGCAAUCUAUCAUACAUAUACGGAAUAGAUGGGAGCUAAGUCAGCCGGACUCUGUGACAGUACACCAGAAGAUUAGACCCAAAGAUGUGCCCGGAACUUUACUCAACAUGGCCCUUCUGAAUCUGGGGUCGUGUGACCCGAAUUUGAGAACAGCUGCAUAUAACCAACUUUGUGCUUUAACCGCCACUUUUCAUCUGAAGAUUGAGGGACAACUCUUAGAGACUUCAGGCCUCUGCAUUCCUUCAAACAACACAAUCUUCAUCAAAUCUGUGAGCGAGAAGUUAGCUCACAACGAACCGCACUUGACUCUCGAGUUUCUCGAAGAGUGUAUACAAGGUUUCCGAGGAUCAUCCAUUGAACUAAAACACUUGUGCUUGGAAUAUAUGACGCCGUGGCUCGCUAAUCUAGUCAGGUUCUGCAAACCUUCCGACGAGUCUCGUCGUCAGAAGCAAGUGGCCCAGAUUCUGGAGAAACUGAUAACCCUUACUAUUGAAGAGACGGAAAUGUACCCAUCGGUGCAGGCCAAGAUAUGGGGCUCCAUAGGACAUGUGCCCGAGCUCAUUGACAUGGUGCUGGAUAGCUUUAUACAAAGGAGCGUUAACUCUGGUCUUGGUUCCCCAAUGGUGGAGAUAAUGGCCGACACCGCAGUGGCGCUGGCUUCGGCUAACGUCCAACUCGUUUCGAAGAAGAUCAUCGGCAGAAUGUGCCGGGCGUUGACCAAACUGCCAAAUAACAUCUUGAGUCCCGUUACCCCGGCCACUGUGGUGGACAAGACAUGUCACGCGCCCACCGCCAUGUUGGAACAACACAUGAUGUGGGAUGACAUCGCCAUUCUUGCCAGAUACUUGCUCAUGCUGUCGUUCAACAACUGCCUGGACGUGGCCCGGCACCUGCCCUACCUGUUCCACACGGUCACGUUCCUGGUGUGCUCGGGCACCGUGUCCAUGCGCGCGGCCACCCACGGGCUGGUCAUCAACAUCAUACACUCGCUGUGUACGUGCACCACGCCGAGUUUCGCGGAGGAAACACAGCGUGUCCUAAUGCUGUCAUUGGACGAGUUUGCCCUACCCAAGUUCUACCAGAUGUUCGGCAUAUCGAAGGUCAAGUCCGCAGCGGUAACGGCCUUCAGGAGUCCAUACAAUCGACACUCUAACGACUGCCGAUUCGCCGAACACUCCCAUCAGAAUUGUGCCGAAUCCAACUCCUCCAGUGGAGGGGCAGUCUUGCCCACAACUUCAACGUCAUCCACUACCCCUUUCGCUCCAACCCAUACGGAUAGAGAGAGACUACCGCUACAGUCUUUAGAGACUAUUACUGACGCACUGUUGGAAAUUAUGGAGGCAUGCAUGCGGGAUAUACCGGAGUGCGAUUGGUUGGAUACUUGGACAUCGCUAGCAAAGAGUUUUGCUUUCUGCUUCAACCCGGCUUUGCAGCCGCGUGCUCUCAUAGUCUUUGGAUGUAUUAGUAAAAACGUCACAGAUGAUGAUAUGAAACAACUGUUGAGAAUAUUAGUAAAAGCGUUGGAGUCUUUCAAUGAUCUGGCGUUACUGGAAGCUUUGAUUAUGUGUUUGACGAGACUACAGCCGCUGUUGCAUCCGGACUCACCGAUCCACAAAGCCCUGUUCUGGGUGUCAUUAUCGGUAUUGCAAUUGGACGAUCCUACGCUGUACGCCGCUGGCUUAGCACUUAUGGAGCAAAAUCUACACACUCUCGAUUCACAGGGACAAUUCGAUAAUAAGACGAUGGAACAAGUCAUGAUGGAAACCCGAGAACCACUGGAGUGGCAUUUCAAACAAAUGGACCACGCUGUGGGCUUAAGUUUCCGUUCCAACUUCCACUUCGCAUUGGUGGGUCACCUGAUCAAAGGUUACCGCCAUCCCGCGCCGGGAACCGUAUCCCGGACUUGCAGAGUGUUGAUCGCUCUACUGGUCAUCAGUGCGAGGGGAUUGGAUAAGUUCCAUGUCACUCAUCAUACGGUUGCUUAUCUUACUGCGCUAGUAUCUGUGAGUGAGGAGGUGCGAUCCCGUUGUCACGUGAAACACUCGCUGCCUAAAUGGUUGCCCGAUAAUUGUGACCAUUACUGUCCUACGUCUGAGUAUCAUCAAUCAUCCAUGCUGAUUCAGCCGCCUCCAUCAUCGGCCAACUCGGUAUGUUCCAGACGUCAAAAGUCUUGGGAUGUUUUGGAUCAAGUAGCCAUAUCUUCGGCGCACGGAGGUAAAUCGCCUACUCUCCAGCAGUCGAGUAGCGGUGGUCACAGCCCUCACUUGGUCACUAUGCCGCACCAGGACAGCGAAGGCAGGGCACAUAGUAUGCAACAUGGAGCGGCUGGGGAAGCAGCAAGAUCUGAGCAAGGAGACCCCGAUAGUGGGUUAGAUGUGGUGGAAGACGACGGUAGAGUGUCUCCCUCCAGCACGGAUGACGUCACUGACCGCCCCUCCUCCACCAAAUCAGGGGAUAGCGACUACCCCGAACCCAGCACAAAGCAAGUCUCGACGGAUAAAGACACCACCAGUCCGGAGAGCAACAGCCUUCUAGAUCCUUCGGUUCUAUCUGAUAUAACGACGCAAGCUCUUGUGCUGACUGUGCUCGCUACACUCGUGAAGUACACCACUGAUGAAAACGAGAUCAGGGUACUGUACCAAUACUUGGCUGAGGGUUCCGUUGUGUUCCCAAAAGUGUUUCCUGUUAUUCACAGCCUUCUGGAUAUGAAGAUCAACCACGUACUGAUGCACUGCAACGAUCAAGUCAUAUUGAGUGCCGUACAGAGUAUUAUACAGAAUAUGAUAGCGUCAGAAGACACAAGCCAGCAACAAUUGCAUUACAUGCAAAGCUGCGGAUUCGGUGGUUUGUGGCGAUUCGCUGGGCCAUUCACUAAGAACCAAUGCACCGCUGAGAGUAGCGAGUUAUUCGUGAACUGUCUCGAAGCUAUGGUGGAAACUUGCUUGGGAGGAGACGAAAACCCAGUAAGGCCACAACCACCAGACCCUGACACUUGUCUGCAGGACGAAAGGUACACAGCAGGUGUCCAUAGACAAACAACUCUAUACUGUCCUACUCAAGACGCCUAAAAGAAAAUGCAAAGCAGUGACCCCAUUAGAAUUUUAUUAGUUUUGAUAAGUAUAGCACAAUUUUUACAAUAUCCAUGAUUUUUAAUGUGAAUAAAUAAAAAAAGUAAGUUAUUUCGCUACACCAAUAUUUAUAUUCAUCGUUGUAGACGUUGUGACGUUAGCUCUAUGGUAUAUAAUGUACUCUAUGGUAAGAUUUAAACUCUAUGGCAGACAACGACGUUUUGUAAAAAUAAAAAAAAGUGGAAA